GACGGGCGGGCUUGGGCAGCGUAGCGGCAGGUGGAAGGAGCAGUCCAGAGCAGCUCUGAAGUCAUGUCAGCAUGCAGUGCGAGCCGCGCGCGGACCCCGUCGCCCAACUAUAGUUGCAAAUCUAUGCUGACAUACUCACCUGUACGCGAAUGGAGGAGGGGGCCCUGUCCAAGCGGCCAGCUGAGGCCGAGGCGGGCGUGCAGCGCGAGGCUACUGGUAGCCGCCAGCCGGGCACCUCAACACAUACAGCCGCUGACCGACAGCGCGGGGGCGCAGUGGUUGGCACCAGCUGCAGCAGCACGAGCGGCGGCAGCGACGGCUCCGGCGGCAGCGCCAGCGCGAGCAGCGGCGGCGCCGGCUCGUGCGGAGGGCCUCGCUCGUGGGCCCGCCGCGCCGCCGCCAGCAGCCCGCCGGAGCCCAGUGCCCAGCUGCAGGGCGCCUUGGUCGGUCGGGCGGUGGGCUGCCGGCUGUGCUGCGCCACUGCGCCACUGAGCGCCCUGAGCGCCCCCAACGAGUGCCUGGCUGCUGGCGACGUACGGCGGCCGCGGCGGCCACAUAGCUUUCUGUUUGGACUCCUGGGAGCACCGGCGGGAGCCUGUCGGGGCGCAUGCAUGCCGCUGUGACCACCCUGAUAUUGCGGGUGUGGCUGCCGCCUGGCGCCAGCAUUGCCAUGGAGAUCGCAACAUCUACAGCCGUUGACGCAGACGUGCGUGUGGGUUCUGCAGAGCACGCUGCGGUGGUUGGAGCUGGUCGGUGGUGAACGGCAGCGGGGCCGCCGACACCGGCGCCGCGGUGCCGCCCACCGCGGCGCCGCUUCGUGCUAGCGGGCACCCCGUGGCGGUUUCAGAAACGGCAUGCGAUGACGACGCGGCAAGCGCAUGCAGGGAUUGCAGGCGCUUGCCGAACCGAUGGGUCGGGCUGCGGCAGCCAUCCAUCUGGGGCUGCGGGAGCUGCAGCACUUCGUGCUCCACGACCUACCUGCGCGCGGGGGAGCCGUUGCGCGCGGCGCUGAGGGCGUGCCCGGUGCUCCGGGCGAGGGCGGCAGCGGCGGCAGGAGAUGAGACGAGGAGGAGCAGCAGGAGUGGCGCACCCGACUUGAGUGGCUUGUCCAUGCGCUGGUGGCGGUGUGUGCGUGUGGCGUAUGCGGCCUUAGCACCGGAGGAGUGGCCGUCCUGGCUGGGUGGCGGUAGCGGUGCCACUGGCCGCGGCGGCAGGGGCUACGUCGGCAGGAGCAGCGGGAGAAUGAAGUGCGGCGGCGGCAGCGGGAGGCCGGGCCGCGACGCGAAAUGCAAGGCAGCAGCCACAGCGCCACACGCAGACGCAGUCGGGGGCGGCGCACCGGUUCGCAGUGCUAGCGGAUGGCAGGGCCUCUCCCGCAGCUCCCGCAGCGGCUGGUGACGACGGCAGGGCCGUGCCGCGCUUGGCGAAGCGCUUUGUACUUCUGGUGGCGCAUUCGCUGCGGCUUGCGGGUGUUGCUGGUAGUGGUGUCGGCGCUGCGCGCGAGUGCUGCUGGUGCUGAUAGAGCCCGCAGCAGUAGCAGUAGCAGGGGCAGGGGCAGGGGCAGCAAGGGCGUCGCCAGCAGCAGUGCGGGCGCGGGCGCUGGCAUGGGACCUGUGUCAGUUGGCAACGGCGUUGACGGGACAAAUGGCGAGGAGGAGGAGGAGGAGGAGGAGGUUGCAUGGAAGGCGCUCGUGAGACAUCUACGUGUGCGGGUGCGACGGGCGGCAACGGUUAAGGAGUCGGUGGUGCCGGGUAGGUAGCAACAGCCGCGACGGCGGCGGAGGGACGAGCGGGAGCCGUGUGUGCGUGCGUGGCACGAACCGCAAGAGCAGCCAGGGUUUGUAAGAGCACAAGUACGACCUGACGGUGGCAGGUGCACGUGGCCGCGUCCUGACGUACCGCAAUCACUUGAAUUUCAGGCCGUUGGAGGUGCGGGACUGACUGUCUGCGCUGGGGAGACGUGCGUUGUUGCAGAACCUACCAAGUUGGUAUGGCUGAGGCAUGUGGACGUCCAUACUUUCAAGGCAACAGGCAGCAGCGUUGCAGGUUGAAGAGUGUGUGUCGCGCGCGCGGGGUCCCGCGCGCGGGCAGGUUGCAUCAAUGCCAGUGAUGAAUUAUCGUAUGUGCCGCUUGAUGUGCCGCAGUGCGAUUGGACUUCAGACGCUAGCAAAUCUGCCUGGAGCGAUGUAAGGGCCAAAAGGG